UAUAAACAGUCGGUCUUUAGCUGGUGAACAAGGAUAAUAGUGUUAUUCACAACGGAUAGUUAAAAAGUUCUCCCAAUAUAAGAAGAAUAAAGCGGUGAAAAAAGAAAUAGUGGUACUUACCCCUAAAGGAUAUAUACAGCAAACAAACUCCAAAGUGAAUUAUUUUAUCAACGGUCUAAGCCAAAGACUCGGCGAUAUGAAUUUCACACGUUGUAGAUUAAAGCUCUUGAUUACCAUUAUGAUUUUUGUUAUCAAUUAUGGUGAUAACACACGGAAUACCUGCAAAGGUUUUGAAGUUUACUUUCCCAUGACUGCCAUAGAGCUGAAUUUACCCUUUAACGAGAAAUCUCAAAGUAUUUUCUCCAAGAUACCAAUUGGCCAAUUUCAAGUUUUAUCUGUCAGCGAAAAUAGUCCAGCUUUGAAUUACUCCUAUGCCAUGGAAGACAAUGAACUGCUUAGGAUAAAUGAGACAAGUGGAGAAGUCUUUUUACGUGAUGACUACAAACCACCUAAAGAGCCAACUAAAUACACAAUAACAGCCAAAAAUGAACUCCAAAAGGAGAAUACAUCUAAACCUUCGCAAAUGUCUUUGGAAGUGAGGCCCUUGUCAGAACAAGAAUACUGUGAAGAUUUGGAAAACAUAUGUUUUUGGUCUUCGGCCCAAUACAUUAUUAUGGAGGAUAUUCAAGUGCCCGCAAAAGGAAAUUUAAAUUUCAAACCCUUACUAGUGGGAUCACUCAACCCCAGAGGUGCUAAAUAUCUUUGCCCUUAUUUGGAUUUAAGAUAUCAGCUACUGAAUGCCUCCAGCAUAUUCACUCUAAGGAAUAAUCUGCUGAUAACUCGUCAAUCGCUGGAUUAUGAAUCAUUGGAUUUUGCUCAACAAACCAAUCUUUCGGUGGAUAUCAACUGUCUGGUGAAGAUUACAUCAAAUAGAACUGAACAAUUUCGUAAAUUGAUCAAUAUACAAAUAAUCGAUCGCAACGACAAUGGACCAGUAUUGUUGAACGAGUCAUCGGUGAUCAAUUUUCCCAUGGAAAGUGCCUACUUUUAUGUGAACGACAAUGUUGGUGAAAGAAUUUUAUUUGUUGACAAGGAUUCGGUGGCCACCAAUGUCCAUCAGACGUAUAAAAUUAUCAAUGACACCAACGAUUUGGUACGAGCAGUUUGCAAUGUCUACGAAGGAGAAUAUCCCAGGAAAAGAAAUACCAUAAUAAGCUGUCAAAUCCGAUUUUCUCGGAAUGGCAUUGCCACUCAGCCCUCGUACUGUUUUGCUCUACAGGCCAGUGAUGAUACAAUUGAUGGACAAGCGAAAAACACGGCCACCGCAAAAAUUUGCCUAAAAACCGAUCCCGAACUUAUAGUCGAAGCUAAUCAUCCACAAGCUUUGCCCUUGCGUUCACGUCAAAAUCGCAAAAUGAGUGUGGUUAAUACGGAUGAUAUGGAACUCUUGAACUCAGAUGGUUUUGGGCGUACCCUAACGCGAAGUAUACCAAACACCUAUCCCAAGGAUGUAUUUGUCUAUCGUACCGCUCAGCCCAUGUAUCGGGUGACACAGCCGGCAGACUUUCGCAAUCUCAUUAGAUUGCCCCAGUUGAAAUUUACUCUGGUCGAAGAUCGCAGUGAUGCCUUUGGUAUAACAUCAGCAGCUGGAAUUGUGUAUGUUAAGGAUAUUGUGGCACUGAAAUUCGCUCCGGAAACCAUUUACUUUCUCAAUGUUACUUGGCAUGAUAUACAUCAGCGCUCCUUUGUCAUCAAUGUCCAUUUGAUGGAAGGACGUCCCUCCAACGUCACCUGUGAGCAUAAAGUCAAAUCCAAAAGUCAGACCUGUGCUCAGAUUAAAUAUCGCAAACAAUGUCAGUUAUUCUGUGGAUUGGCCACUAAUGGUGGCAGUUGCAUUUGGCGAGGUACCAACAAUGCUCGCUUUAGUUCCAAUUAUGCCUCUUGUGUUCCAAAUGCCACUUUUUGUCCGGACAAUAUUUGUGAUCCCCUGGAGGAGAUUAAUACAUUUGCUUGUCCUCAGGAUUGUACAGGCGGCAAUCGAAUACUGAGUCCCUUGGCAACGAAUGAUAAACGCAAAGGCAUAUCUUCGGCUUCGGGCACCUGCACCUGCGAAGACAAUGGCAAUUGUGCUUGUGCUCCCCUAGAUGAGGAUGAACCCAGACCGAAAAAGCGAAAACAACAGAAGAACGAAGCAAAAGUAGAACAAAAUGCUUACCGAUCAGAGCCGCCAGCUGUUAGUGAAUCUCCAUUGUUGGCUAAUACCACGGCGAAGGAUGAACCCCACAAGGUCCCCGAUAGCCCUAUUUUGUUAAAAGGUUUCGAGUGUAACCAAACAUGUCUAGUUAUAGCCAUAGCUUGUCCAACCUUGCUGCUGCUUCUCGGCCUAUGCCUGCUGGUAUUUCGUGCAGGUGUCUUAAAAGCUGCUCGUGAGCGAAAGAAAGCCCAUGAAGCUGCUAACGGUGGUAGCAUGAAAAGGGAUCUUUUAGACGACUGUGAAUCACAUUGUGGCACCCUACCUUUGGUGCAAUUGGAAAACAGUUAUACGUUCCAUAGCUCGGUGGUCGAUUCUAAAUGGGAAUUUCCACGCGAAUCACUGGCCUUGGACUCGCUGCUGGGAGAAGGUGAAUUUGGCAAAGUAAUGAAAGGGUAUGCCACAGAUAUUGGCGGCAAUACCGGCUUAACCACCGUUGCGGUCAAGAUGUUAAAAAGAGGAGCCAAUUCUGUCGAGUACAUGGCUUUACUCUCCGAAUUUCAACUUUUGCAGGAGGUCUCGCAUCCCAAUGUGAUUAAACUUUUGGGUGCCUGUACCAAAGGUGAUACGCCCCUGCUUAUUAUUGAAUAUGCACGUUUUGGAGCUUUGCGUAGUUAUUUGAGGUUAUGCAGGAAAAUUGAAUAUACUGGAGCAGAAUUCACCGAUGGCAUGGAACCAAUGAGUGUACGCAGUAUUCUAUCAUUUGCUUGGCAAAUUUGUAAGGGUAUGGCCUACCUAACAGACAUAAAGUUGGUCCAUCGCGAUUUAGCAGCUCGCAACGUUCUUCUAGCCGAGGGUCAUAUAUGUAAAAUCUCAGACUUUGGGUUAACUCGUGAUGUCUAUGAAGAUGAUGCCUAUUUGAAAAGAUCAAGGGAACGUGUUCCAGUCAAGUGGAUGGCCCCUGAAUCCUUAGCCGAUAAUGUGUAUACAUCAAAAUCAGAUGUAUGGGCCUUCGGUGUUCUUUGUUGGGAGUUAAUUACUUUGGGCGCUUCUCCAUAUCCCGGCAUACCAGUACAAAAUCUUUAUCAUUUACUCAAAGGUGGAUAUCGCAUGGAGAAACCUGAAAACUGCUCGGAUGAAAUAUAUUCCAUAGUAAAAACAUGUUGGAUGGAUGACCCCAAUGCUAGACCAUCUUUUAAAUGCUUGGCCUCGGAAUUUGAAAAACUAGUGGGAAAUAAUAUAAAAUUUUUGGAAAUGGAAACAAAAUCCUUUUCAAAUCCCACCUAUUGUCGGGAAGACGAAACUAUCACCACGGAGGAAGACACUGCCGCUGGUAAAGACGAAAAUAUUACAGAGGAUGCCGAAAAUGAUUUAGAGGAGCUGGAUGCCAUAGAUCACUUAUGGAAACCACCGAAAAUAUUAUAUGACAUACAAGACUGUUCCAGUCGUGACACUUUCUCAUUUUCCAGUAGUUUUCUGCCGCCCCCAGGUUAUGACUUGCCAAGACCCUUACACGAUCCCAGAACAGCCACACUGGGCUCGCGUUAUGAAAAUGACCUUAGGUUUCCCAUGAGUUUACGCAAAUCAUCAUUGGGAACGCCGUCGCGAGAAGUAUAUUCGUUGCCCGUGAAAAGGGGACGUUCGUAUAUGGAUAUGGCCACCAGGGCAAAUAUGGCCGAGAAUUGUGACAAGGUUGAGAUAUCGAAGACUAUAUCCUUUAAAUUUUCAAGUAUACUCAACAUGAAUGAACAAAAUGAAAGUACGGCCUAAGUAUGAUGGUCGUUUUAGAUCGAUAGACUGA